CUUUCAGUUUCGUAUAAUAGGUCAGCAUGCAUAGUGUACGAAGACUGCAUAACAAUUUUGAGAUAUUCUUCGGAAAAGCGUCGUUUUUCUUUUCUUUUAGCUUUAGUUCUUUUUGAGGUUCUAGUAGGUGUGCAAAUAUGAACUCUCAGACGGAUUUAGUUGGAAAAAACAAGAUGAAUACAAAAAAACCAGAAGGAGAUAUAGGAAAACACUACGAAAGGAAAAUUACGGCACUGAUUGCUUUGAAAUGCCUCCUCAGGAAUGAUAUACAUGAUUUCUGGUUGACUACCAACCACUCUGGUAUCGAAAAAUUCGACGACUUGGUUCUCCACGUAGAAUUCAAAGAUAAACGUAAAGAAAUAUUCUUUAUGCAACUGAAGCACAAACAAAAGGGAGACAAACCGAUAGUGGUCGAAAUGUUUAAAACAAAUCAGAAAGAUUUUUGUUUAGAAAUGUACCAAAAUGCCUAUGAAUCCAUUAUAAAAAACGAAGAGUUUUUAUUUGCCAAUAACAUUUCAAAGGAUACAGACAUGUUUUUCGUUCUCUACAAUAAUUGCAAAGUUGAGAUAAUGAGUAAGGAUUCCUCAAAGCUGCGCUUUGAUAAACUCGAGCAAAAAUAUUUCAGAAGCUUCAUCAGUAGUAAUUCAUCUGAAGAUGUCUCAACAGAAUACACGAUAACAGAUUCAGAGACUGACGCAGAAUUUCUUAAAAGAUUCUACUUUUUCGCCGGCCAACUUCAUUUGACAGAAGUACCCAAUGAGAUAGCAAAACUAGUUGGAUUGGAUAUAGAUUUUGUAAUAAAUAUACUGAAUUUUUUUUACGACUUCGCAGAUUCCAAUAACACUAUCCAAAAACUUCAUAAACUUAAUUUGAAAUCGAAGUUGUUGGGAUAUAUCUUCAGCGUAUUUGUGCCUCCAAAUAAAUGUUCGAAAAACUAUCAUAUAUUGUCUGUGAUUAACACCUUCAAUGUCACUUUAAUACAUGAGGAAUAUUCGGAAGUUGUAAUUUGGAGUGACAUUAUAUCAAGUAUGAAAGAAUACUACAAAGAGGAGUCAUUGGAAUUGGAUAAUUGGGAAGUUGCCUUACCAAUGGAGUUACAGAAUAAAUUUCGUACAAAACUGAACUUCACAAAUGAAGUGAACAUAAAUACGAAGCAUCUUUAUUUUCAUAUGGUAGCCCAGAGACUCCUGCCAUUUUACAUUGAAACAAAAAAUAUAUUUUUUAAUACUUUCUUUAAUGAAAUAAUGACAAAAUUGGAUAUCAUUACUGUUAUUCGUGAUACAAAGAAUUUUUUCGGAAAAAACCCAGAAUUUCCGAACGCGCAAAACGAAGGUGAUUUCAAAUUGCUGAAAACUGUUGAUGAUUUGGAUGAAAACCAAUAUUUGACCCUCACAAAAAGAGUACAAGUUUCUUUACAGGGCAAACAAUAUGUCCAGUUGUCGGACUUGGUUGAUAAUGAUAACAGGGAUUUGAGAAAAACAUUUAGUAUCGACACAUUGAUACAUUUAUUAGAUAAAAACUUAAGAUUUGGCUCUUCAGGCAUAAAAGCGGAAAUAUAUAUUGAAAGGAGGUUGAAAAUUCCAAUAUUGAAUGAGAGCAUUCUGAAAUAUGGUCCAUGUAUUUUUGUUAUAUGUGGUAAUUAUUCUCCCAAAAACUUUGUUUCAGUGCCUUUGGAGGUGGGUGUAGCUAUUUUUAGACAUUUAAAUACAGUGAUGAAAUUACCUUGUGAAUUUAUUCCACUGCCCGUUCUUACUGUCAACAGAAGUUUAGAUCGUUCCAUAAUGAAAGAAGUUAAAGAAUUAGCAAAAAAUAGAUUUUACUGUAUCCUCCAAUUCUUUGAUGAAAAAGACGGAUCACAAAGAUUCAUACUGAAGGAUACAAAUGGAUCUUUGGAAAAAAUUGAAUAUGAUAUAUUGGCAAAUGAGUAUUACCUGUUGAAUGAUGACGAAUUAUUUGAGAGUACCAAGAAUUCAAAUAUAAAUGUGAUAUGCAAUAAUGCAGGGAUGGGAAAAACAAUGUUCUUGAAUCGCAUUAGAAAUAAAUUUUCACCAACGGAAUGGGUGAUUCAUUUAGCAUUGGGAAAAUAUUCCUCUGAGAUAAAAAAAAUUGAGAGCUAUACGGAAUUCAUAGAGUUUCUAAGUAAAAUGGAUUGGCAAACAGAUGACGACAAAAAAGAUACUACUAUUAUUGAGAUAUUAUUUCACCAUCAUAUUGAGCGUAGAAAAAUGGUCUUACUGAUAGAUGACUACGAAGAGAUAAACGACAGAAAAUUAUUAAAAAUAUUGAAAGAAGGUAUGGAAAAUGGUCUCAGAAUAUGGAUGGUGAGUCGGCCGCUACUGAAAAUGGAACUAGAAGAAAAUUUUGGGGUAUUAUCUAUGGAACUUGAUGAGUUCACAGUGGCUGAUCAAAACAAAUUUUUCAGAUUAUUUUUCAGCUCAAAAAAUGACAGUGGGGAUGUUGAGAAAAAAAUGAGCUUGGUAGAAAAAACUAGAGAGAAGUUUCAAAAUUCAUUCAUAGGUAUUUGUCAACAGACGAUGAUGCUGGCAGUGGUAAUAAAUUCCAAUGAACACGUUUUUGAUGAUCGUAUACGUAUACAUGAGCUGUAUGAGAGAUUCAUUGACAUACAUAUUCCUAAAGAUUCAAAAAAAACAAGAUUCAUCCUCAGGACUAUGUCAAAAUUGGCUCUCUAUUCUUUUUUUUCAAAAGCAGUUUUAGAAAUGUUGUUCGACUGGGAUGAAUUUGUCUGUGACCUUGAAAUUUUCAAUGAAGAAAACCCAAAACCUGCCCUCGUCAUGGAAUCCAGAAUAGAGUCUAUACCUGUGUUCAGUCACAAAACGUAUGCCGAGUUUUUGGCCGCAAAAUGGUUGGCUGACAUCGUCAUCAAACAGAUAAAAAAGGAAACACCUUUUGACAUAUCGGAAGCUUUCAAAUUAUUGUACUGCCAAGAACUGACAAAUGUUCGUUUGUUUUUUGAUAAUAUAUUAACUACUGAUAAUCCGCUGCUUUCUUCCAUCAUCAAUAAUGAUAUCCCAAAAGACAUACUCUGGAAUAGUGGAAAUGAAACUGACAUCUUGGGUAGAACAACUUAUCAUAUGCUUUUGAGUUACGGAAAACGUUAUAUAAUACAUACUGAUUUGGAGGCGAGAAAUACAUUGCAGAAUAUUGAAGAGCGAGCAGUUUUUCAAAUGGCACAACAGUUGAUCACGAUCGAAGUACCAGAUUUUGUUCCGAAAUCUGAAUCAAAUUAUACGGAGAAUAAUGUAUUCUUGUUUGGUUUCCAUGAGCAGCUUCUGAAGGAAGACAUUUUAUUGCACAAAAAUGCCAUUGAAUAUGCUCUGAUGUCCGGAUCCCUAGAAAAACUAGAUUCAGUGCUUAAAACUGAGUUUUUAAUAUCCAAUAUGCCGACUGAAUUCCUCUUUCGCAAUAUUGAAUUUGAUACUUUGUUCAUUACACUACUUCACUGCAUCAAAAACAAUUUCAAUAUGUUAUUUUUGAAGCUAGUAUCUAUACCGAAUAUAUGUAACUCACUACAGAAGGUGAGAGAAAAUCCCUCUGGGAAAAGUUUACUUCACCUGGCAGUUGAAUCGAAAAAUCUGCAGGCAGUAAGAACGCUAUUACUGAACUACAACAACAUUGAGAGUUGGGGAGUUGACAAUGAAGAGAAUACACCCCUCCAUUUGGUAAAUGAUUUUGAGGAUCCUUCAAUUUUGAAAGAUUUCUUUGCCUUAGGUAAAUACACUGCCGCUCUUGUCAAUCGAAAAAACAUUAAAGGAUUUAGUCACCUCCAUUGUUUCGCUUCACGUGGUAAUGAAAUAUGGGUAAAGAAGUUGCUGAACAUUCCUGGAGUGAAAGCUAAUGUAAAAUGCAUUCAAGGUAGAACCCCAUUCAUACUGAGUGUCAUGGAAGGACAUAUCAAAGUAGCUAUUAUUUUGAAGAAUAAUAGAGCUAAAAUCAAUAAGGGGGACAAAAACAAUAACACUGCUUUGCAUUAUGCAGUUUUAAGGGGCGAUUUCGAAUGUACUGAACAACUCUUAGAGUGGGGAGUUGAAGUCAACGCUAAAAAUUCUCAUGGGUUGACACCAUUGAUGCAAGCAGCCAGUCGGGGCUAUCUAGAUAUUAUGGUAAGGUUGUUGUUGAGCGGAGCUAUUAUAAACUUGAUGGAUAGAAAUGGAUGGACUGCAUUACAUUAUGCUAUAAUGGAAAAGCAUUAUGAUAUUAUACAACUUCUUUUGAGGGAAGGUGCUGAUACGAAAAAAAUCACUAAGGAUGGACAAACUCCUCUCAUCACUGCCUGUAUCCAUAAUGUUCCUAAAGCGGUGGAGAUGCUGAUUGAUUGUGGACGUGACGUUAGGAUAAAUUACCAUUCAUUACCUGAAGGAGGAAAUGCACUUGAUAUUGCAAGGAGAAGAGGUCACUUGAGUUGUGCGAGACCAUUGGUAGGCUUGACGAAGUUGAGAAUUCCAAGAACAGUACUACCCAGUCGAACCGCUCCACAAAAUAGGCGGAAUCGGUCACGUUCUGAAAGGAUAUCUCACCAAUCCGAAGAUUCUGAUAGGUUUCAACGUCUUAUCUUGGCGCAGAAUUUGACUGUGUCAGUCGAUAUACAAGUUAGGAUGCCAAGUGAAAUAUAAUUCUGGAGUAUUUCGAUUUCAAUAUAUUGUUACAUAAAUAAUUGUGAUUUCUGAAUAAACAGCUAGAAGAUGAA